AUUUAUGAUCUUCAUGGCAUUUGUAACUUCAUCUUUCUGGUUUUCCUUUUCUAGCUUUCUGUUUUUGUAAACUCAGCUAUAUAACUAUCGUCUGGUUGGUUGCUUAGAAGGUUGAUGGGAAGGAUAUAGAUUCCAACUUCGAAACGGAUCUUCUGUGUGUUUACGUUGUCUUCGAUCAUUUAUUGAUUCUGAAAAACACCGACUCAGUGCAUGUCUGUUUUAGUUAAGAGUAAUUGUUUUGUUUUCUUGAGGAUAUACGGAGGAACUAAGAUUUAAACGUUUCGAUAUUUCCCUUUACCCACACCUCCUUGGCUGUCCAAUGAUGAAGAUAAUAUGUUUGAUGAUAUGUUAUCCUUCUUCUACUUCUCUCUUUUUUCUUUUGGGGAGCAGUAAGGAGGCCAAGGCGGCCGAGGGGGCCAAGCCUCUGAAAAGAUAAAUCAUGGUUUACAUGGCUGUGGUUCCAAUAUGCUCCAAAAUGACCUAUAAAGACCAAAGAGGCUUCAUGUAUGGAUGUAUGGCGUUGGCAGAUGGUCCUAGGUCCUUCGCUUCACUUUCAAGUGAAAUAUGCAAGAGACGGCACAUCUCAUAUCUUACUAUUGAUACCAUAACGAGAACCAAGACAAGAAAAGCGAAUAACCCUAGACAUUUGCCUUAUGGAAGUACUUCUACACUUUUCAGGAGCAUGACCGAAGUAACUGUCCUUCAGAUGGCACAUCUUACAGAAAGCCAUCUAAGAUUCAUUUCAGGCAAUGAUUCACGUCAAGAAAAGCUUUACAUUGUUCGUUAUGCAUCAGAAUCUGUUAACAAUGAGAAGCAGCUGAGAUCAUUAGAUUCUUAUUUUGGAAAACUCCAAGAUGAUGCAAAAUCAUCUCCUUCAGUUACUUUAGACAAGACAAGGCAGAUACAUAAUGGAGAUGGUCGUGUCGGAUCAAAGACGGGGUUGAGUUCUCUCAAUGACUAUCUGGGAAAACUUAAUAAAGAUGAAAAAUCAGAAAAUUAUCAUGAGUCAUUUAGUACUCUUGUUGAGCAUACUGCCAAAGACAAUCAAGUAGGAAAACCCUUCUCUAUCAGUGAUAAUUCCAAAACAGACAAUGAGGAGGAACCGAAGAGUUUCAAGAGAGUAAGAAAUAGAUAUGGUAGUAGCGGUCCAGAAGGUUCACAAGACAUACGACAGGAUGAUGAAACAUCCAAUCUCUACUUAAUAGGUGGGCUGGUUUCUAUAAAUAUUGCAGUUUUUCUGUUUGAGAUGGCAAGUCCGAUAAGGAACUCUGAAGUAGAGCUUCUUUCUCUCCCAUUAUUAUAUGGGGCAAAGAUAAAUGAUUUGAUCUUGGUUGGAGAAUGGUGGAGGCUGGUGACACCAAUGUUUCUGCACUCUGGAGCUCUUCACAUGGCUCUUGGAUGUUGGGGACUUCUUACUUUUGGGCCUCAGGUUUGCAGAGUCUAUGGUUCGUUUACAUUUUUCUUGAUCUAUAUCCUCGGAGGAAUUUCUGGCAACUUGACGAGCUUUCUUCACACACCAGAGCCGACUGUUGGUGGGACAGGACCAGUUUUUGCCAUAAUAGGAGCUUGGCUCAUUUAUCAGCUCCAAAACAAAGAUGUGAUUGCAAAAGAUGUUUCAGUUGGUAUUUUUCAGAAGGCAAUAAUUAUUACAGCUCUUGGCUUCUUAUUAAGUAAUUUCGGUCCAAUUGAUGACUGGACACAUUUUGGAGCAGCUUUUACUGGUAUAGCAUAUGGCUUUUUCACUUGCCCAACACUUCAGCUAGACGAUGCAUCUUCAAGAGCGGGUCAAGAAGAGGGAAUUACACUUGUUAGACGAUAUGCCGAUCCUUGUAAAUCACUUAUUUUUUUCACUAUCUUCAUUGUUGUUCUGAGCUCUUUACUUUUCUUUAUCGAACCUCCUCUAAACGCCCUAGCAUCCGACAACUUUGCACAGUUGUGGAAAUAGGAUGCAAUAUAUUAGUAUUGGUUCUAAAUUCAUGUAGCGUGUAAGGGGGCAGUCUUAUCUGGGAAACAAGACAAUACAUGUACAUGUAGAUCAAUAGGAUGCAAUAUAUUUUUUUCCUGUUUUCAUUUUCCCUCUCCUCCCUUUGCCAAAGGAUGUAGAAAUUGCAAACAAUAAGAGCAGUGAAAUUUUCAA